AUGCAAAAUUAUGCUGACUUUGAAUUUCCAUCAAAGUAAAAAGAAUAAAUAUUAGACAAUAAAAUGGAUGAUAUCAGUAAAUUAGAUGAAAGCUAUAAUAAAUACAUGACUAGAUCAUUUUCUAGUUAUAGCAUGAAUGGAUAAGGAGCUGAUAAUAGAAGAGGAAUGUUUUAAAAUUUUUAACUAGAAAAAUUUUAAAAAGAUCAAAGCGAUAUAUCAGCUAAUUUUGAUUAAGAAAGGUUCGAAGACAUAAAUGAUGAUACUAAUACAUUUAAGAAUAAAAAGCCUUCAGUCUUUUAAAGAAAUUUAUAAAAUUUAGAUAUUAAAGCUACUUCAUCUAAAAAGUUUGUGGAUAGUUUAAUUUUGCCUGCAAAUAGCCAAAGAGCUAGUGAAGAGGAGAUUUAUAUGAAAAAAAAUAUGAAUUUUCCUUUCAAAUAUGCAUCAUUUGAUCAAAAGUAGGGUUAAAUCUAUGAUAUCAAUUAAUCUACUAUUGAAAAAGAAAAAGAAGGAAGCUAAAAAUACUCACCAACGAAUGGUUUAAAUAACAACAACAACAAUAAUAAUAACAACUCAUCUAGCUCGAAUUAUCUAGAUACCCCUCCUAUGAUUAAAUCAUCUGCUAAAGCAAGGAGAUCAACUCAAAUAGCUUUAAAGAUGAAGGUAUUUUAAGGUAUUCUAACCAAAUCUAAUUAAUUUGAUUAGUAGUAUGUUUAAUCACCUUUAAAUUAGGCGUAAAAUAGAAAAAUUAAAAAAGUUUUAUAGAGUUAAAUAGUAGGAAAUUCUCCUAGUUUUCAUAAUUGUAAUGUAUUUAGCUACAAUUAAGAAGCUCUAUAAUAGCAAGGUGUGGAAGAAAAAACUUUUAACUAAGAAGAUGAAAGUCAUGUAGAUUAAAAUAAAAAGCAGCAUUUGAUAAUACUCACUUAUAUGAAACGAUUUAUAAAUUAACUUUUAAAGAGACUAUCUUACAAUAAAAUUGAAUUACUUUCAGAAUAACAAUUUUAGAUGAUAGGAGACUAAUCUUUUCCCCCACAAUGUUAUAAGAACAUUUAAAAUGUAUUUAAUGAUAAAAAUUCCUAUUAAAUGAGUCUAUUGUCAAAAAGGAGAUACCACUUUGAACAAAUAAAUUAUUAAAAGAAGUAAGGAUUAAAAUAAUUUUUGGAUUCUUUUUAUAUACAUAGGAUAGGUAAUUCAUAGAUUUUUUCAUUUUUGUAAAAAAUACCUGUUACUGACCCCAGUAGUUAAUUUAUAAUUAUAUGGGAAGCUUUACUUCUGAUAAUCAUUUUAUUUUAUUUGAUAUUUACCCCUCUAAAGACUAGCUUUGAAUUUAGCAUUGAUGAAAAUUCUUAUCUAAGCUUGUUUGCUUAUAAGAUACCUCCUUUUAUAUUUUUACUCGAUAUAUUUAUGGGUUUUCAAACAGGUUACUACGAGCUAGGUAGAAUAGUUUAAAAAAGGAAAUUAAUUGCUUUAAGAUAUUGCAAAAAUAAAUUCACUACUGAUUUCUUAGGUACUUUAAUGAUGUUCCUAAAUGGUUUUGUAGAAAAUUCAAACUUUCUUGAAAUUUUAAUCUUAAUCUUUAGAAUUACAUAAAUGAAGAAUAAAUUGUCGAUGAUAAAUGAUUUUUUUAGGAUUUAAAAUAAAUAUCCUGCAGGAUAUGAAAUGCUUAAAAUUGCUGCCUUCAUUUUGUUUAUGUCUCACAUGUGGGGAUGCCUUUUUCAUCUUGUUGGGUAAACAGAAGAUGGAAACUCUUAUCAAAACACUACUGGAGGUGGAAAAUAAUAUCAAGAUAAAAAUUGGUUGUAAGAUUAAGGGCUUUAAGAUGCUGAUUGGUAUACUAAAUAUAUAUUUUCUGUUUAUUUCUCUAUAAUAACAAUGGUUACAGUAGGUUUUGGUGAUAUACAUCCUGUAAACAUUUAUGAAAAAAUGUUUGUAAUUGGAAUGACAAUUAUAUCUUGUGGUAUCUUUGCAUAUUGUGUUAACUCAAUAAGCUCAAUUUUCUCUUAGCUAUCUCAAAAAAAUAUAAUAUUUAAAUAAAAGCAAUAUGAUCUUCUCAAUUAUAUGAACCAAAAAAAUAUUAAAAUGGAAACCCAAACCAAGAUUAUGAAAUAUUUAGAGUAUUUGGAAUAAGAGUCUGACCAAUGCAUACCAAAAGGAGAAGCUGUUCUAUCAUAAUUUCCAUUAGAGCUUAAAGAAUAAAUUAUGAAAGAAUACUUCGUUAAAAUACUCUAAGAUGUACCAAUAAUAAAUGAAAAUUUUAGUUUAGCUUUUUUGAGUGCAAUCAGUCUAAAAAUGAAAGAAAAAAUUUUAGGUCCUGGAGAAAAGCUGCUUGUGAAAGACACGAGACAAUAGACUCUGUAUUUUAUAACAAAGGGAAGUAUUGAAUAUUCUAUAGAUGACGGAGAUCAUUAAAAGGCUUUAUGCUAAAUUUAAAGUGUCAAAAGUGUUAUCGAUUUUAGAUAAUUUAUUACUGGAUUAAAGCCAUAAGUGUCUAUCUAAAGUACAACUAUGACAAAUGUAGCCUACAUAAGCUACAACGAUUUUAUUGAGGAGAUAAAAAAAUUUUAUAAAGAUUAUGAAAAAUUUUGCUAUUUAAGGGAUUAAUUUUUAAAUGAUGGUAGAUUUGAAAAGCUCUGCCCUUCGUGUAAUCAUUUUGGUCACGAGAUCAACAAUUGCCCAUAAAUUCACUUCAGUGUAAAUAGACCAAUUUUCAGCUAGAAAGUAUUUUACUCAAUACCUUAAAAUCGCUAAUAAAAUCCAAGAUAAAGAUUUAUCGAUAAGAGAAUAUCUUGGAGGAAUAUAUAUCAUGAAGCGAGAAAUGACUUAAAAUAUUUGAGAUGGGCUUAUGUAAUUGAAUAUCAUAAUUUGUAUAAUUAAGUGAAUAUCGAUGAAUAAAUUAAGAUAAUUGAAAGUGACAAAACAUUCUUUAAAAGAUGUCCCAAAAUUAAACCUGAUAUUAUCUAGUAUAUGAAGAACUCUGCUACCACAUAAAAUGGCUUGGAUGUUAUUAUUGAGGAAAAUGAGGGUAGUGAUAAUACCUAAUCUAACAGUGAAGAAUCUGAUUUCUAAACAGAUUAUUCAGAAACUUAGGUAAACUAAAAGAAUAUGAAAACUCUUUAAGAUGAAGAUGUAUAAGAUAGUUAAUAUGCAGAUUAAGGAGGUGGAUUAGCGAUGUAAGUGCAAAACAUAAGUAUUCAUUCUGAAAAAUACAAUGGAGAUAAUCCCAGUCUUUCAAAUAUUAUCCCAGAUGGUGAUAUCAAUAAAAUGGUCAAUGAUUCUAUAAAUCAAGGAUCAGUUAAAAAUAAAUCAGAAGCUAGUAUAAAAAGGUAAGAAUCCCUUAAAUCAAAUAAAAGAAAACAUACUUUAACUGGUGUGGUUUAAUAAUAAAUUUCAAGAACAUAAAAUAGAAAACUUACUAAUGAACUCUAGGAUUUCGAAAAAAUGAGAAGCCAGACUAGGCACUUAACUAAUAGAUCAAUAGCCUAAAUGAUAAAUAGCAGUCAAGCAAUUAUAAAUGAAAAAUCAUCUAUGCAAUAAUCUUAUAUUUCUUAUUAAUAAGAGUACUAAAACUCAAGUAGUAUGAGUAAUUCUUUACCUGGAAAAAUAAUUCCAAAUAUCAAUUAAUCAUAAAAAGUAAAUAAUAACUAAUAAGAAAGUCUAAGAUAACUUGAUUAAUUAGUAGAAAAAUUCAAGAGAUAAUGCAUGAAAAUGAUGACUAAUAAUCUAAAAGUUGACUAUUUAACUCAUGUAUCUCAAUAAAAUAGUAAAGAUGAGAAUUAAUCAAAAAUUCUGACAUUAAGUAGAUAGAGUAAAGCUACUAAUAGAGUGAACACUUAUAAUUCCAUUUCAAAUACCUAACAAUGCAAAAGUAUCUAAACAAUCAAAAGUUUACAGGAAAAUUUAAAAAAAACAAAAAUUGAUGCAAAAGAUGUAUAAACAAUUCAUAAUAAAAACUUGUAAAGAUAUGGCACUUCUCAUAACUCUCUUCUGCAUAUAUUUGGUCCUUUGUAGUUUAAAUUUGAUAAAAUUAAAGAAUAUUAAAUUUAUUAUCCCAAAGGAAACGCAUCAAAUAUAAUUAAGGUGUACAAAAAAAUCUAGAGUUAAAACAAGACAUAAACAAAAUUACCUAUUCUUAGGCAUAGAUAUUCAGGAUAGUCAGAUUAAUUUAUUUAGCAUAAUCAUUAAGAAAAAUUCAAUUAAUUUUCAAAAAAAGCUGCUUCUAAAGCGAGUAAAAUGUCUUAUAUAUCUUAAGUGGAUGGAUAUAAAAAUAUGUUUAACUUUUGA